AUGGGACCUUCUAAUAAUACUCAGUUCCACCCCAUUUCCUUCCUGCUGCUGGGAAUUCCAGGACUGGAAGAUGUUCACAUCUGGAUUGGUUUCCCCUUUUGCACUGUGUAUUUGAUUGCUCUUGUAGGGAAUGUGACUGUCCUGUUUGUGAUACAGACUGAGAGGAGUCUCCACCAGCCCAUGUUCUAUUUCUUGGCUAUGCUCGCUGCCAUUGAUCUAGGCCUAUCCACUGCCACUAUUCCCAAGAUGUUGGGCAUAUUCUGGUUCAACUUGAGGGAGAUCAUGUUUGGUGCCUGCAUUACCCAGAUGUACACUAUACACAUGUGCACUGGCCUAGAGUCUGUGGUGCUGACAGUGAUGGCCAUUGAUCGCUUUGUGGCCAUCUGCAACCCUCUGAGAUACACUAUGAUCCUCACUAACAAAGUGGUAGCUAAUUUAGGAAUAAUGAUCAUUGUGAGAUCUUUAGUGUUUGUGACACCAUUCAUAUUUCUUGUCCUGAGGCUUCCAUUCUGUGGGAACCGAAUCAUUCCCCACACUUAUUGUGAGCACAUGGGCCUAGCUCGUCUGGCUUGUACAAGUAUUAAAAUCAACAUUAUCUAUGGUCUUGUGGCUUUUUCUGUUGGAUAUUUAGAUCUUACUGUGAUUGGUUUUUCCUACAUCCAAAUCCUCAGGGCUGUUUUCCGCCUCCCAUCUCAUGAUGCUAGAAUCAAAGCCCUCAGCACAUGUGGUUCCCAUGUAUGUGUCAUGCUCGCUUUCUAUACUCCAGCCCUCUUUUCUUUUAUGACUCACAGAUUUGGUCAUAACAUCCCUGGUUAUAUUCAUAUCCUUCUAGCCAAUCUGUAUGUGGUAAUCCCACCUGCCCUCAAUCCUGUCAUCUAUGGGGUUAGGACAAAGCAGAUUCAAGAGCGAGUACUGAGGAUCUUUAAUCCCAAAGGUACUUAA